AUGCCAGCAUCCAAUUUCACAGCUGUGACAGAGUUUACAUUUGAGGGUUUCUCUGUUUUUGAGUGGCAUCACAGAAUCAUCCUGUUUGUGACCUUUUUGGCUUUGUACCUGUUGACCCUUGCCAGCAAUGCCGUCAUCUUGACAGUUAUCCAUCUCAACCGUCAACUUCAUACACCCAUGUACUUCUUCCUGAGUGUGCUCUCCAUUUCUGAGACCUGUUACACAGUCGCUAUCAUCCCCCGCAUGCUGUCCAGUCUCCUCAGUCCCCAACAAGCCAUCUCCAUUCCAGACUGUGCCACCCAGCUCUUCUUCUAUCUCACUUUUGGUGUCAACAACUGCUUCCUGCUCACAGCCAUGGGGUAUGACCGCUAUGUGGCCAUCUGCAACCCAUUGCGGUACUCAGUCGUCAUGGGCAAAAGGACUUGCAUAAAAUUGGCCAGUGGAUCCUGGAGCAUUGGCCUGAGCACAGCUAUUAUUCAAGUGUCUUCUGUGUUCAGCCUGCCCUUCUGUGAUGCCAACGUCAUCUCCCACUUCUUUUGUGAUAUCCGGCCCCUAAUGAAGCUCGCCUGUGCUGAUACUACCAUCAAAGAACUGAUCACCUUGCUCAUCAGUCUCUGUGUCCUCGUUCUGCCCAUGGUCUUGAUCUUCAUCUCCUACGUCUUGAUUGUCACCACUAUCCUCAAGAUUGCAUCAGCCGAGGGCCGGAAAAAGGCCUUUGCCACAUGUGCCUCCCACCUCACAGUGGUCAUUGUCCAUUAUGGUUGUACUUCCUUCAUCUACCUAAAACCUAAAUCCCAAAAUUCCCUGCAGGACAGGCUUAUCUCCGUGACAUACACUGUCAUCACCCCCCUGCUGAACCCUGUUGUGUACAGCCUGAGGAACAAAGAGGUCAAGGAUGCUUUGCUCAGAGCUUUGGGAAAAAAGCUCCUCUCUUAG